CGCGGGUGCCGCUUUGGCGUCGCGGGGACGUGACGCCAGAGCCGCGCGUCGGGGAGGCGGUGGUGGCGGCGCGGCGCUCGCUGGUCCCGGCUGAAGAACGGCAAUUUUUCUGCCGAACAGUCUUCCCUUAAUCAGAGGCAGGCUCAGUGCAGCACUGACAACCCCAUGGUUUGCUCUGCUUACAGUUGAGUAAUUAUCUCUAGUUGCAGUUUUGCUCUUAGCUGCUGUGCUUCACAAGAGAGAUUCUCAUGGAUCUCAACAGUGCUAGCACUGUUGUUUUGCAAGUCUUGACGCAAGCUACUAGCCAAGAUACUGCAGUGUUGAAGCCAGCUGAGGAGCAACUGAAGCAGUGGGAGACACAGCCAGGUUUUUAUUCAGUCUUGUUGAAUAUCUUUACAAAUCAUAGCCUGGAUGUGAAUGUUAGAUGGUUAGCUGUACUGUACUUUAAAAAUGGAAUUGAUCGCUACUGGAGACGGACCACACCACAUGCUCUUUCGGAAGAAGAAAAAUCUACAUUGCGUGCUGGACUUAUCACCAACUUUAAUGAGCCAGUGAAUCAGAUAGCAACUCAGAUCUCUGUAUUGAUUGCUAAAGUUGCCAGAGUGGACUGCCCAAGACAAUGGCCAGAACUUAUACCCACUCUUGUAGAAGCUGUGAAGGUGCAGGAUGAUCUUCAGCAACACAGGGCACUACUUACAUUUUACCAUGUUAUGAAGACCCUGGCAUCCAAACGGCUUGCUACAGAUAGGAAGCUUUUCUAUGAUCUUACAUCAAGUAUUUAUAGCUUUGCAUGUUCCUUGUGGAAUCACCAUACAGAUACAUUCCUACAACAGAUUUGUAGAGGGGAUGAAGCUGCAGCUGCAAAUUCCCUAGAAAGGACCUUGUUGUCAUUGAAAGUGCUUCGGAAACUAACAGUCCAUGGCUUUGUAGAACCUCAUUGCAAUGCAGAGGUGAUGGGUUUUCUGCAUGCCGUAUUUGAACGGCUGAAACAGUUUCUGGAGUGUAGUAGAAUUGUAAGAGCAGAAAGCAUAUGCAGAGAUCGUCUAGAAAAGACCAUAAUUCUGUUCACUAAAGUGCUUUUGGACUUCCUGGAUCAACAUCCUUGCUCAUUCACUGCUUUGAUUCAGAGAUCACUGGAGUUCUCUGUAAGCUACGUUUUCACAGAAGCUGGUGAAGGAGUUGUAUUUGAGCAGUUUAUUAUACAAUGCAUGAAUCUCAUUAAGAUGAUUGUAAAAAAUUAUGCAUACAAACCAUCCAAAAAUAUUGAAGACAGCAGCCCUGAAACUCUUGAAGCACAUAACAUAAAGGCUGCUUUUUUCACAUUCCCAACACUAAUGGAAAUCUGUAAGAGAUUAGUUACUCACUAUUUCCUGCUGACAAAGGAAGAAUUGGCUAUGUGGGAAGAGGAUCCAGAAAGCUUCACUGUAGAAGAGACUGGAGGAGAUUCUUGGAAGUACAGUCUCAGACCAUGCAUGGAAGUCCUUUUUAUUGAUAUUUUUCAUGAAUAUAAUCAGACUCUUACCCCAGUUCUUUUGGACAUGGUUCACAGUCUACAAGGAUCUACCAACGUGGAAAAUACCAGUGCUAUACUGAUUAAAGAUGCUGUGUAUAAUGCGGUUGGACUGGCUGCCUAUGAACUAUUUGAUAGUGUGGAUUUUGAUCAAUGGUUUAAAAAUCAACUAUUAGCAGAACUACAGGUUUCUCAUGACAGGUAUAAACCAAUACGCCGACGAGUAAUAUGGCUAAUUGGACAGUGGAUUCCUGUAAAAUUCCAAUCAGACUUGAGACCUAUUUUAUAUGAAGCAAUUCGUAACUUACUUCAAGACCGUGACUUAGUGGUCCGUAUUGAGACAGCUACGACGCUGAAGUUAACUGUAGAUGACUUUGAGUUCAGAACUGACCAGUUCUUACCGUACCUGGAGUCCAUGUUUACACUGCUCUUUCAGCUACUUCAGGAAGUAACUCAGUGUGACACCAAAAUGCAUGUUCUUCAUGUUCUGUCCUGUGUGAUUGAAAGAGUCAAUAUGCAGAUACGACCGUAUGUGGGAUGUUUGGUUCAGUAUUUACCACAGCUAUGGAAGCAGAGUGAGGAGCACAAUAUGCUACGUUGUGCCAUUCUAACCACCCUAAUCCAUCUAGUUCGGGGACUGGGAGCAGACAGCCAAAAUCUCUACCCAUUUCUGCUUCCAGUUAUCCAACUAAGUACAGAUGUUUCUCAGCCUCCACAUGUCUAUCUUCUGGAAGAUGGUUUACAGCUGUGGUUAGUGACAUUGGAGAACAGUCCAUAUCUUACACCAGAGCUCCUGAGAAUAUUUCAGAAUAUGUCUGCCCUUCUUGAGCUGAGUUCAGAAAAUCUCAAAAAUUGCUUUAAGAUCAUCAAUGCUUAUAUUUUCUUAUCUUCAUCUGAAUUUUUGGAGAUGUAUGCUGCUGACUUAUGUCGGUCAUUUUGUGAGCUUUUGAAGGACAUAACUAUUGAAGGUCAAGUUCAAGUUUUAAAGGUUGUAGAAAAUGUCCUAAAAGUCAACCCUGUGUUGGGUCCUCAAAUGUUUCAACCCCUUCUGCCAUCAGUAUUCAGGGGGAUUAUAGAAGGGGAGAGGUACCCAGUGGUGAUGUCUACUUAUCUGGGGAUCAUGGGUAGAGUUCUACUACAAAAUGCAAGGUUUUUUUCAUUACUUUUGAGCCAGAUGGCAUGUGAAUUGGGUCAGGAGUCGGACCAAAUUCUUGGUAACAUGAUUGAAAUGUGGGUUGAUCGGAUGGAUAACAUCACUCAGCCAGAAAGAAGAAAACUUUCUGCUUUGGCAUUGCUUUCUCUUCUGCCAUCAUUAAAUAGUGUUAUCCAAGAUAAAUUUUGUGGUAUCAUCAACAUUUCAGUGGAAGGACUGAAUGAUGUUAUGACUGAAGAUCCUGAAACAGGAACAUACAAAGACUGCAUGUUAAUGUUUCAUUUUGAAGAGCCCAGAGCUACAGAAGUUGAGGAACCUCCCACAGAACAAGACAAAAGGAAAAAAAUUUCAGAAAAGUUGUCUGCUGCAAAGAUUGGUUCGUCUUCCACACAUCUGACUAUUGACACAUCUGAAAUUCGUGUUGUGCUUGAAGAAUAUAGGUGCAACAAAACUUGACUUCUGUUCCACAAAAGAGCCCCCUGGAGAAUACCAGCUUUCAUUCCUUUGUAACAUUGCUUUUGGAGAAAGGUAACAAGCAACUCUUGUUAUAGACAAAAACUUCUGGUUGUUAAUGUGAAAAUUUAAUCUGUUUCAGAUGCAAUGAGUAGCACGUAUUCAGCUGUUUGUUUGUGAGCUCACUGAGCUUCUAUUUCAGCUCACGGAGUGGUGUUUCUUCAUUGUACCCCCAGGUACCAGUUCUAACUCUCCCUCAGAAGUGAAGCAUCUGCAUUCUUAAAGCAUUUCAAGAGUUAUGUUGACUUUACAGAAGACUCUUUGAAAAGCAAAAUUAGGCUUAGAAUUUUGUCUUCUGUUUUGUCCCAGAAUUGAAUUUUGUUCCUAUGAAGAUUGGCUCAGAUCAAAGGAGAAAUUUACCACCAGGGAAUUAUUAAUAUUGUGACACCUCCAUAACAGCUUGUGCAUUCAGUUUAGUUUUCUAUAAUUUUAAUGUAUCUGCAUUGUCUGAAUAACAGAUUUGUUAGGUAUUUUAGCUUGUUAGGCUCCUUAAUUUUGAAGGUACAUUUUGUCUGAUGUAACUGACCAUCUUCUUUUUCCUAUCACUUACACGCAGGGUAAGUUAUUUAUAAAUGAAAAUAAAAUUAUAGAGAUAAAACACAGAUCUGAACAACUUACAGAAAGGAGUGUCUGGAGAUACACCUCAUCUUUUUUUUCAAAUUACUAGUUUAAAGGUCGGAAAGCAUCAGUAUGGAACAAGUUGAGAUCACUCAAAAGAACUUUGAUAUUUCUUUUGUUCAGCUCAAAAUGUAAACAACAGUAAUCAUUUUAAAAAUGAAAUGCUCUCAGUCAAUCACCUGUGCCUUCCUUACCAUUUUUCUGAUAAACUGAGAUUAUGAUUAUAUAUAAGGGAAAGCAGAUAGCUUUUUACAGAUAAAGUACAAAUAGUUUCCACUGUUCCAAGUGAUUUCUUCUCACUGUGCUUCUGACCUCAAAGGUGAAGAGAAAACCUGAACAAUAAAAGUAGUGAGAGGUAAUGGUGCAAAGUGCUAGCAAGGAUAUUGAGUUUUCAGGUGAAUUAGCUGGAAUGAGUGAAUAGGGCAUUAUAGCUCUAAUCUCUGUGAUUGUGGACUUUUGCUUUGCUACCAGACUCUUAAUGAGAUAUUUGGUUCAGAGGUCUGGCAUUUCUUGAGCCUUCUCUGCUCACAAACACGUUCUUCACUCAUCUGUCUCAGCAGGAUAAGUGUGUAUUAAAUUGCCAGCUACAAGCACUGUUGUUAGGUUACCCAUUAGUGGUAACUGUGGGCUGUGCUUGAAAAACCAGUAUGAUUGAAAGGUAUGCCUGCAGUAAUAUUUGGUUUAUCCAGCUAUGAGCGUCACAUCUUAAAUUUGCAUACCCAUUUUUCGGAUAUGCCAUGAGUGUGCAUUUUGCUUUGCGAUGAUCGGUUUUCAGUUGUGAGAACUAGGUUAAAUGAAUUUUAUAUUUAGUUAAACAUGAUUUAAAUCACAUCAAUAUCUAACUUCUUGCAAGUGCUAACUGGAAAAAAUUUAUCACUUGACCAUUUUUUACUGGCAAAAUACAUAUAUUUACAAUGUUGUUUGUGUCCAUGUAUGCACAUACAGGUUUCUCAGAUUUCUCUGAAUUUUUUCACUUUUAGCCAAGGUUGAUUUCAUACUGAUGAUCCAAACUGGGAGUGGCUGAUACACCUGAAGGCUCUGCUGCCUUUGGGCUGGGCCUGGCUGGGCUGGGGAGUUGGACAGGGAGAACCUAACGAGGUUCAACAAGGGCAAGUGCAGGGUCCUGCAGCUGGGCAGGAAUAACCCCAAGGAGCAGAACAGGCUGGGCUGCCCCACUGAAGAGCAGCUCUGCAGAGAAGGACCUGGGAGUCUUGGUGGACCACAAGGUGACAAUGAGCCAGCAGUGUGUCCCUGUGGCCAGGAGGCCCAGUGGGAUCCUGGGCUGCACUGGGAAGAGCGUGGCCAGCAGGUCAAGGGAGCUGAUCCUCCCCCUCUACUGGGCCCUGGUGAGGCCACAUCUGGAGUGCUGUGUCCAGCUCUGGGCUCCUCAGUACCAGAGAGACAAGGAGCUCCUGGAGAGGGUCCAUUGAAGGGGCACAAAGAUGAUGAGGGGUCUGGAGCACCUCUCUUAACGAGGAGAGACUGAGAGAGCUGGGCCUGUUUAGUCUAGAGAGGAGAAGACUGACAGGGGAUCUCAUCAAUGCAUAUAAAUAUCUCAGAGGUGAGUGCCAAGAGCAUGGUGCCAGACUUCUCAGUGGUGCCCAGAUACUGGACAAGGAGUAAUGGUCAUAAACUAAAACACAAGAAGUUCCACCUCAGCACAGGGAAGAACCUCUCUAUGCUGAAAGCGGCAGAGCACUAGAACAGGCUGCCUAGGGAGGUCACGGAGUCUCCCUCUCUUGAGACAUUCAAAACCCAACUGGACAUGUUCCUGUGCUACCUGCUGUAGGUGACUCUCCCUUGGCAGUGAUUUGGAAGAGAUCAUCUCCAGAGAUCCCUUUCAACCACAAAUAUUCUGUGAUUCUGUGAUUCAUCAUGGCUGAAGAGAAUGACUGCAUGGUUUUCAAAGGGUGACUUGGGCUUGUUUUGGAGAGAAAGAAUUGUUCACAAGUUUGUGAUGAGGUUUUGUUUCCUAUUACCCUCUAUAAAAGUGUCACAACUCUACUUCCUUGACAUGAUGCCUUUCUCUCCAUUAAUGAACUUGAAGUGUAAGAGGCUGACUCCUUAGCCUGUGCUUUUAAUAGGGUUCUUAAAUUUGGAGUUCACCCUGCACAUCGCUGAGCAGCUGUACUGGGGACCUUGCCUUAUGAUAAAGGAACACAUUUUCUGUGUGUUGUGGGCAUAAAUGCUGAGAGAUGUGUCACUAGGCAGCCAUCACUGGCAUAAUUUCAUUUGCAUCAGAAGGAUUAACUGAAUGUUUAACACUGCAAUACACAAAUACAAAUAAGACUUGAUGCAAGUGAACUAAAGUAAUUAAUUAGGCUGAGUGGAUGUUAUGGUAGAAUAUUAAGUAAACAUAGUUUAGAGAUUUUUUUGUUUGGUUUUUUUUUUUUUUGAUUGGUUGGUUAGUUUUUUGUUUUUGUCUUUGUUCUUUUUUUGGUUGCUUUUUUUGUUUCUUAAAUUUUGUUUGUGUAGUUUAUCUGUUUGGGGAUUUGUUUGUCCUUUUUUUGUAGAUUUUUUUUUUAUUUGUAGCUAUACAAUCAAUUUUGCUUAGAUGGGAAAAGCAUGUAACUUAAGAAAAAAAAAAAAAGAUACCUGAGAGGUAGCCCAUAUUGUAUAUACAAGGAAAUAAAUCUGUCUUGACAACCACAGCAGUUCUUCAGCUAUGGUAAAGACAAAGUUGUUUAAAAGUUCUCUCCCCAUUUACUAAAACUGUUGCUGGAUAUUACUGUCCUAAUUCUGGGAUUUUAGUGGGAAACUUCAGUAUGAUCCAGUUUACCUGGAGAGUUUUGUCCAAGGAUUGAUCCAACACUGUUAGUUUCCUCCUUUAUGGCAGGACCCAGCUUAGACUUUGCUCUGUUGGGAAAGAAGAAUGAAGAAAGGGAGGAGAGGUUGGUCGGGAAAAGGUGGCAUUGGGAACUAAGCCACUGUCUUGACAGAGAAGGUGGGGAGAGAUGGAAGGAAGGAGAACUUGUAGCCAGAGAGGAUGGUGUUACCUCCACUCUGGGUGCUGCUAUUCUUGAAUCAUAGACUAGAAUCAUUUGGAAAAGAUUUCUGAGAUCAACAAGUCCAAUCACUAACCCCAUUUUUGACAUCAUUCUUUAGACAUACAUAGAACAAGCUCUGGAGGUAUAUAUAUACCAAGGCAGCUUUCAGCAGAAGGAGCCCCGAAUUUGACCUGCCUCACUGAAAUUCUGACAUGAAGUGUUUUAAAAGGGAAAGAUUCAAGGGAAAACUGACAAGUAGAGAAUUCUUAUUCAAAUUGUUGCUACGAAUUUUACAGAGUAAGUUAGAUUGUUUUAAAAAUCUGAAACAAAAGAAAACCAUAUCAAGGAAAAACUCAACAGCACUCUAAUAAUACAAAAAAAACAUCACCAUCACAUAACCAAGCUAAACCAACCAACCAACCAACCAACCAACCCCCCCAAAACAAAUAAAAACCACAACCCAAACCAACAACAACAACAACAACAACAAAAUUCCUUAAAACUACCAAAAAUAAACAAACAAAGUGAAACAAGAGGUAGAGCCAUGACCUAGGAUAAAUGAUCUUACACCAAUGGGUUACUUUCUUAAUUUAAACAGAGAUAUUUUUGACUUUGGAGAAUUUAAAUGUGUAGCUGUUAAAAACUGAACAGCACAAAGAAGGUGUGUUUUCAGUGGGAAAGUUGCUAUUUAAUUAGAAAAAAAUCCCACAUGUAUAAUUUUAAAUACAAGAGCAUUAUUUUCCAAGGUUCCUUUCCUGAUUGCCCUUUGCUUUAGCAUUACUGGCACCCUGGAUGAUCACACCUGCUGCUCGCUCCAAUUCUGUUUUGGUUUCUAUGUUAUGAAAGUUUACUUUGUUAUUCCCAGUUUCCUCAGUCCUAAAGACUUGUGUAUUAUAGAACAUUAUAUUUUCCUUAUGCAAAACUUAUGUAAGACAAGCAAGGGAUUAUAAGGUAUUUUUAGUCUUGUUGGAACCUGGAAAGUUGUAGGGGAAAUAAGCUGUUAACUGGGUGUUUGAUGUAGUACUUCAGUCUACUACAUUGGAUAAUACAGAGGGAUUAUGGUUGCUUAUUCUUGAGGCUAAAUAUAUAUUUUUUUCUUUAAUGCUAUGCAAAGACAAAGUCCCUGGGCUCAAAGGCUACCAUCAGAAAGAAGCAUGCAGAUGUGACAUGUAAUUUCCAUUUGCUGUUGCCCCUAUGAGCUCUUUGUUCGAAAAUAUUCUUCACAUUCCCAUGACAGGAAUGAAUCACAACCAUUUGAUUUUUUUAUACUGGCUACUAAAUAAUUUAUUCCCACUUAGCCAUUCAUUCCAGCAUCAUACUAUCCAUUCCAGACAUUGUACUGGGGCAUAUUAUUUUUAUAACUGAUGUCUAUACCAUAUGUCCAGGGAGUCAGCUGAAGGUGGUUUGAUUUUUAUUGGAAAUGAAAUAAAAUUGCACAGCUACACUAUUUAUAAAGGCUCCUAAAAGUUUGGUCUCAGCAGAGGCUGUUCAGAAGAAGUAUAGACCUACAGAGAUGUUUAAAUAGUAAUCAGAAAUUGACGGCUGUUGAGAUUGUGAACAAAGAAAAAGCUUUAUUGCUUCUGGUUUUGUGUUUUGCCAGAAAUAGAGAUGCCUUUUCACAGACAUAUUUCUCUAGAUACUUGACCUCUUUGAAUUGAAAGAAAAAACAGAGAAAGUAAGAAAUCUUACAGUCCCGAAGAACUGAAAUAAACACUUGAAAUUAGAAAAGAACAUUAAGUAAUGUUGAUUUCAGGAUUGGUAAAUUAAUGCUAAUGUUAUGGUACUCAGUUAAAGCUGAACUGGUUUCAUCAUUGCUUAAAUACCAAAUUGUAAAUGGUCUAAAUUAGCAAAUGAAAUUUCACACCAAAGUAGACCCCAUCUUGAUUCUUCUUUUUCCAAUUCUUUCUGGUCAGUCAGGUCAUCAUUUUGAUUCCUGCUCUAGCCUUUUUUAUUGGAAAAAGUAAAAGGUUUUGUGCCAUCAUAUUCACUUCAACAGCAUCAGAUUAUGAAAUGUACAAUGCUUGUUUGUGAAGCCACACCAUUUUCAAAGAUCAUUUUUAGUAAUUUAAAAUAGCUGUUUUAUCCCCUUUUUGAAUUAAUUUCUUUAUAACAACAGCAACAAUGACAACAAAAAAUUUAACAAAUCAUUAAUUACUUAAAGAAAAAAAUGUGGGUAAAAAAUAAAUUAGCGUUUUUCUUUUUUUUUUUUUUGUCUGUGGCAAUACUGUUUUGUUCAGAAACUUACAUAUCCAUUUCAGUUAAGGAACCUCAUUUGUAGAAACAGGCUGCUGCUGAUGUUUAGCUGGAUGGCUAAACCAAUGGAUUAUCAUUGAGAAAAUGAUGAAAUCUUCUGAGAUGUUUGGCUCUCCAAUAACGGCCACUGCGUGCUCCGACAGUGAAUGUGGACUACUUAAAUUACCAAACAGCAUGUGUUAAUAAGGAAUCAAUGAUUGAUAAUGGGUAACAAAGCUUAUUGUGGUGUCCUGUGACUGGACCAUUUGGCAAAUAUCAGCUGUAUAUAUACUUUCAGAGGAACACUGCAAGAUGACUUCUUUGCGUAAGUAGGUCUGUCAAUAUAAGCACAAAGUCAUGCUAUAUUCUCAAGUAUCUGUGUACCUUGGCAGUUCUUUACUAAAAUUGUUAGCAAAAGACUGGGGUUUGUAUCAUUGCUUGGGUUGUUUGGGAGGGAUCUUUAACACUGCAACUUGCCACAGCAUCUGACUGCAGUUAUUGGUCCCUGAAAACAUCGCUGAAGCUGUUUGUGGUAAGUGAGGUUCUUCCAACAGCACCAUAAGACAUUUACCCAUGUCCAGAGGAACAAGCCAGUGCCUGUAAGUUGCCUAAAUCCCAUUUCAGUCUUGCAGAAUGGAGGUAUUAGUGGCAACGUUAUGUGGAACGAUACUCUUAAUUUUCUUGCUGCCAGAAUUUGAAUCAGGCUAAAAAAAUUUGACUUUAUCUGAGUGCACAAUUACACUGAAUAGGGAUAUCUAAGCCUGCCUGGGACUGAGCCAGGUGGCAAAACUACUGCAGAGGCUAUAAUCCAGACUGCUCUUCUGCCAUUUAUGUAAAUUGUGUAAAGAGUUGGUGUGUUUAAGAGGUAAGAGCUAUUUAUCCCAAAGGGAAACAAAGAAAAUGUUAAUAUUUAGUUUGAGCACCAAGCCUUCCAAUGUAGAUCAUAGUAUUUUGUGCAUAAAGCGUCCUCAGGCAAAGGUCCACAUCAAGCUUUGAAAUAUUUUAUAGGGAGAGGUACUGCCAUGAUGACACUUACUGUGUUAGCCAGUGCUCAUAUCUUUCUGAUUAUUCUUUUAUGUAUAAGAAAUGGCUACUGAAAAAAAAGAAAUACCACUAAGAAACAUAUCACAAGUUUGAAAUAAUUGUCUUCUCCAUAUCUCCUCUUCAGCAGCUUUCCAGUUGCAUCAUCCUCUGACUUUCUUCUGAAGAAAAUGUGAAAUAUUCCUGCCACAAUCCCCAACAUGUGCCUGGUCUAAAUUGAUGUAGGCAACAUGCAUUCAGUAGAACACUUUUUUUUGUUCAUAUGCUCCCCAUGCUGGGAUAUGAAAAUCUUUACACUAUUGUUUAAUGGGAAUGAUAAUAAUUAACUUGCAUGAAGGGUUUGUUUAAAAAGCUAAGUAUGAAUUAUACUGUGACCAACUCAAUAAUCUGUCCAUAUUUAUUAUUGAUAGAUUACUAUUAAAUGCAUCAUGACCACAGUUCUGGGCUCUAUCAUGCUUUGAAGAAUGACAAAAAUACAUACAGCAAAUAAUCCCCUUCAAGCUGUUUUAAAACAUUUGCUUUUGUACAGCAGGUGUGGAAUUCCAAAUAUCUUUCAUGUGAGUGUUUUUGAUGGAGGCGUUAAAGAAACCAGGUUGUGUCAACUUUGUAGAUGUGCCCAGUAAUAAUAUUUUUAAAAACCCAUAAAAUUAUAUACUUUGGUUUUCAUUUGUAUAGGAGAUUUAAAAUAUUAGUUCCCAAGAAACUUGUUACCCUCUCUUAUAGAAAGAGAAUGGAGUGGUUAACUUUAAUCUCCUGUCCAGGGAUUUUCAGAAGAAACGCCUACAAGGAUGCAAUCUACUCCUCAGUAGAAUCCACAUAAAUUGAGGGCAGAGAGGCUUCUUUCCCAGAAAGCAUUAUGGUUGAGUCAUUCCUUCAGUUUCCAUGAGAGGGUAAAAGCUCUGCACUGGUCUCUCUGGGUUUCUGUCUUUGAUCACACAAACAAGAAAUGAACUGUUAUCACACAACUCUUAUGAAAAAACAGAUCUUCUGUGUCUGGUGCUUUUUUUCAUGUUCCUGGAAAAAUGUUUUCCUUCUUUUUUCUGUACAACCUCUUGAUGUGGCUUGCUCUUCAUCUGUGUAUCACACUAUAGGAGAAUAUUUUAAAUAGUAUUCUCAUCAGUGCACAAAUCUCAAGUUUUGUGGUUAGUUAGUUCAAAAUUGGCAAUGUAAUAGUACACCAGAGUUUAGGAAACCUCAAGUGAUUUUCAGUCGGGAACAACUACUUAUGUUGUGUAUCUCUUUUUGCAAACUAAGCAUCUCUAAGCCAGGGAGCAAGUUUGGAUCCUAAGGAACUAAGGUGCCCCUUGGGACCUGUGGUCAAAUACCAAAUAGUUCAGUUAUUGCCAAAUUAAUCCUAUGGUAAUUAAAAUAAUCAAGAUGAGCCUUUGCAGUAAGAGUGUCUGAUAAAUAACUGUACAGAAUAUACAAUACUGUACCAAAAAAAGUACACAACACUGCAUAUUAAAAAUAAAUCUAAAAGAUGCAGUGACUCUGAAAAUUACAGUAAUACAUAUAGACAUGUAUAUGCAAUAUAGAUAAUACAUGCAGUAAAUUGCCAAACUGUCUAACAGUGAAUGUAUUUCUUUGUUAUUGAAUACCUUUUUGCAUAAAAAUAAUCGUCCAUAUCCAAUUCAUCUAUGAGCAUCAAUGUUUUUGCUUCAUUACUGUUGCACUACAAAAGCUGUUAGGAGGAAGCAGAUGGGUAUGGAAAUGGAUCAGCUGAGAACAAUUCUUACUGCUUUUAAAGACAAUAUUGUAAAAAACUUUUAAAGUGAAAUUUAUUUAUAGUUUUAUUUAUUUGCUUGCUUUACUUGAAUCGUGCUCUAUUCUUCUUUAUUUCAAAAAUGACCUGCAAGGAAAAAGAUAAUUGAUGUGACAUAAUUUUCAGCUCCUUUUAAAUUUUUUAUUGAAAAUACAAAUAUUCUUAAAAAUACAUCUUUUUGACUAUUACCUGUUUGGACUGAUAUUUAGAUUUUACCUGUCUGGAAGAUGAACAUCUUGAGGAAUGCUUAAAAUUAUGACAAUAAUGAGACAAAACUUGAACAAUUUCUAGGGUAAAGACCAAAUUAAACUAUUCUGUUCUCCCUGCUAAAAAUGUCAGGAUGUAAGAAAAAGAUUCAAUUAAAAGAAAAUAAAAAGAGAGACCUUUCAUUAUUUUAUAAAACCAUCCUCAAAAGCUGAUGGAAAUGACAUUGUGGGAAGUCGUCUAAGAUUUAGAGAGGUUUUUUGAAAUCAGUGGGGCCAGAUGCAAGUGCAAGACAGGAGAUGUGGGCACAAAUGGAAAAUUCCUUUCCGAUCACCUGAACAUCUAAAUGUUUAGUUGUGAAAAAAAGAGAUACAUAACAAGUUAUUUCCAGAAGUAAAAACAAGGAAAUAAAAAUUAAUUUUAUUAAUAUACAGUUAUUAUUUGUGGUACAGAAUCUUCAGAAAAUGAUGUGUAAUAAUUGUAAAUGUUUUGGGUGUUUCUUCUGAACUCACAUGCACAAAUGCACCUCUCAAGAAAGGGAAAGUGACCUCCAUUCUGUCAAAUCAGGGGUUGGAUCCCAAGUGCAGAGGACAUUUCAGUUGGCUCAUUGACUCUGAGUGGGAUUGUUUGCAUACAUAAAUAUAAUACGUUGUUAAAUUAUGCCAAACUGAGCACAAGCCAAAAGCACUCACAGAACAGAACUUCAAAGGACAUGCUUCAUCAAAGCAAGAAUAUGUGAAGGGGAGUUUUCAGAAUUUUUUGGUGUCAGUAUUCAUGUCAUUGAGAAAAAUGAGAAGAUGUCAGUGUCCUUCAUACAAAGAUAAUGGAAAGAUUAUUCUAGUAUAUAUAGAGCAUUGUUUGGCUGUAUUAUUAAAGACCUUGGCUUGCCUGAAAAAUUACCUCUGAUGCUUCAUUUUCCUAUGAUCUAUGCACUGAAUAGAAAUCUUUUCAUGGACGGGUACUCUUAAUGAAGGUCCUAAAUAUAUGGUAGCUGAAUACAUUAAAGAAGAUUAGUGUAAUAAUGGGGCAUGAAAAAGGAACAAGAACUUUUUAAAACUUGAAUUGGAACAUGGCCUCUUGGUGGAAAAAACACUGUUAGGUAAGUGAUCUGCCACCACUGCAAUAUACUAAAGGAAAAUAAAAGGAGUAAAGCUUCAGUAUUUCUUCAUCCUGGAAAUCUGUGAUUAAGUCCUCAAAGACCUGAUGCUCUGCAACUUCACUUUUUUAGUGAAAAUUUAGUCAGUUCUCUUUUCCUUAAGAGAGUUCCUCUGCACUUUAUAAAGUAAAAAAAUUGAAGCCCGAUGGUAUUUAUGCCUAUGUCACUAAACCCUAAAUUAUCUUCGUAGUGGUCUGGUAGGGCCAGGAGCAUAGAGGUUUACUGCUUUCUAAAGGACAUCACCUACUGGAGUAGUAUUAUCCCCAUUUAAAAAAACUGAACAGACAAGAAACAACCCCCACCCAAAAAACCUUUAAA